AUGGCCACUCCAGGAGAAGAGGUAGAUCAGGAUCUAUCGCAUAUACACUGGUCAUGGCCAGAAGCUAUAGCAGCCAAUCCGGCAAGAUCAUUAGCCAAUGCGGAUUUAGCGCUGGAUUAUUUUGCCUUCUCUCCAUUCUGGGAUUCCAAGUCGAACAAUAACGUUCUGAGGACGCAGAGGAGGGUGGAGAAUCCUACGUAUGGUCACGCAGAGGAGAAAAUCGAGCUCAAUGCAUUCAAAUCUGGAUUCGAAUAUAUCGUAUCUCACUCCCAACCUCCAGACUUGUUUGUGAUUCAGAAAAGAGAAGUAGAUCCAUCGGGAAAGAGAGAUAGAGUAUCUGGGAUGUGGUUCAUAUUGCAGGAAAGGAUAUACCAGUCGCCAACUGUUUAUGAUGUGGUGUCUGCUAGGCUGAGAAACGCUUCACAACUGAUAACCAAAACCCUCACAUCAUUAUCUGAAUCUCAUCCAUCUUCGAACCCUCGAUCUACCACACAAUGGCGAUCCCUACCCCCGGAAGUUGCAUCGAAUAUGAAAGCAAAAUCCGCCCUUACCACGGCUGCUGAUCGUAUAACGGAAGAUCAAGCGGAUCAAAACGGACAGACCGAAUCUAAAGAAGAGGAAAAAGAGGAGGAGGAGCAGCAGCAGCAGAAUACAUUUGAUUGGCAUUUGUUCCAUUCACUCCAAACGACUCGAUUGGCACUUUCCAAGCUUGAUGAGUUAUCUACGAAACCAACAAAAAAUGCCGACCCGAUGGAUGAGUUGAAAUCUAUAGAAGCUCAAUUAUCAGCUCAAUUUGGUAUCUCCUCUUCCUCUUCUUCUCAGCAGCGACAGGUCAGACCACCAGGAUCGAUAAGAUCGAAUUCUGUCAAAGGUCUUACACCCAACCCAAUGGGUUUAGGAGUAUCACCUGUUUUAACGGUAGGAACGAUGGGACAAACUCCCAAUUUGGGGAAUUUGAAUGUAGCUUCUCCCAGGAAUUCGUUAGGAAUGGGUAUGUCGCCUGGUGGCGUCAGUGUACCUGGCAGUGUGAUUGGGGCAGGUGGGAGAGCAGGGUCGAUGGGCAAUGUAGGUACGCCGGCGAACUUACUCCAGUAA